AUGCUCGGCAGGAAAGGGAACUGGCAAGCCGCGCUCUGCUUCCAGCGCCCUCGUUCCCUCACAGGACUCCGCCCCUCUCCUACGCCCUCCCUCCAGCGUCCACCGGCUUCCUGUCUCGCCCCAACGUCUGCACUGUCCCCACAUGAAUCACUUGGACGGUCACCCGCUUUAGCAGAGGUGGGCACCAUUCACUCGAUCACCUCACUCGCUGUCGUGCUGGCGGCUCCCUCUGCCAACGUUCUAGCAACGCGCACAGGACCUGUGUCGGCUGGACUCGAGACGCUUCGCCACGCGCUCGGCACGCGGGACGCAUACCGAAUUUUUCGCGCACUAUUGCGAGAGCAGCAUACACCCGUCGGUGCGCGAUACAGUGAGCUGGAGCGCCUUCUCUCUAACCUCGAGGGAGAGGCAGACUCUCUGGCAGCAGUGGUAUGCGCCUGUGUGGCGGUGGCGCUGAGUCCAUCGGAUUGGCCGCCGUGGGUGUCGGCUCGCUUUGCUUCCACUGGGAUGGCAUCGAUGCCGAUUGCAUCCAACCGUGCAGUGGCCAGCACAGGGAAGGUGACAGGCUUGGGUGAGGCAGUCAAGGGAAUGGAAGGCAUCUGGGAGGCCGCGUCGCCGCUGCGUGUCACUGCCACCGACAUCCUGCGCCGCAUUGCUGCCGGUCUUCCCUCUCAAGGCGCGUGUUACUCGGCGUCAUCGCCUUCCCUGCCCUUGCUCAAGUUUCUCACUCUCCUCUGCGGGGUGGCGCUGUCGGUGUCAUCCAGGACAGCGCUACAUCUAGCGGCUGAGGUCAGUCGCGUUUCGCUUGACGCUGCUGGUGUAGCUCUGGCCGCAUUCUGCGCGUCUCACUCGCUGACUGCCGUACACAGCGACGACGACAGCGCUGCCGUCGCCGUAGGGCAUACUCGAGAGACAUGGUGGCUGUCGCUCUGGAUGCAACUCACCCAACCCAGUGCUCAGCCGCCGUCGCUGCCCCCCUUCUCACUCGACGCCGUGGCCACCUCACCAGCAGUGCUGACGUGGUCCAGAGGUCUCAUGCCUGCCGACCUUCGCGAAAAGCGCGUCUCGUGGCAUCUGCACUGUCUCAUCGCGUCGAAGGAGGUCCACAGUGCAGCGAGACUCUUGCUUGGCACAUGCCGCGAUAUAUCAAAGGGGCUGCGGUGUGACACUGCAGAGGCUGUAUGGAUGCGCAACCGUGCCUCUAUUCCUGUCCUGGCGUCCACCCAGGCAGAGGCCCUCUCCUCUCUCCCACCCCAACUGUUGAAGGAGGAUGGUCUCGGUGAGCGGCUGGCUCUGAGUUUAGUGGGGCAACUAAAGCAAGUGCCGCCACAACCGCAGCGGCCUUGGAGUGGUUCGCCCCAGUCUAUAUCGUUUGUGCCGACCGUCGCAGCGAACACUGUCUUGUACGCACGCAUGCUGCAGUACCUUCUGAUGUCCAGCACCCACGUGCGCAGCGAAGACAGUUAUGUACAACAUCUUCGUAAUCUGUCGCUGCUGCUGUCCCAUGGCAGCAUCUACGCACUGGCGGCAUCGUUAGUGCCGGCCGAUAAGCCAUUAAAAGCUGUCAUGGUAGCCACGAAGGACACAUAUCGAGAAGACCACAUAAAACAACUCGUUAGCGCUAUACGUGAGGUCGUUGAUUCUCUCUGCGAAGAGCCCAUUCCUCUCUUUGCCGCUCCGGUGACCGCCGUCGGCGUCACCGAAGGUGGCUUCGAUACCACACGGAAGGCUCUGAAGACUGGCUCAGCGCUCUUAUCCGACGGCGUGGUGCCGACGAAGGAUAAGAGGGGGUGGAAGCCAGAGAAGCUGAAGGAGAAACAGGCUCUCCUCGAAUGUGCAGCAGUCAACUCCAGGGUUGCCGUGGGGUGGCGUUGGCGUGAGGAUGUGCUCUCGGAGGUGGACGGCACAGUGCAGGCGGCAGUGCGCCUCCUCUCAUCGCUGUUGGAGCUGUGCUCUAGCCGCAAGAGCAGUCUCCCGCUGCGCGCCGCCGAACCAAAGUGGCGGCGAGAGCUACGUGAGCGAACCGCCGUGCGUGCACAUAAGUUUGAGCUGCUCCUCCAGGAGCUCCCACACGCGGAGCUGCGCGCCAUGCUGCACACCCUUCUAGGGCACGGCUACAUUCGCGAGGGCAGUCGCCUGGGGGUUUCGUUAGUGAAAGGAGACCAGAUGGAUCUUCGAUACUACACCCUGCCCUUGCUGGGGUCGCUUUACCUGGCAGUAUGUGUCCCGCAAAGUGUUCCCACACCUUCUCAGGCCGCAGAUUUGAGCAGCUCUUCUUUCACGUCUUUCAGUGCACCACCCUUCGACGACGCAGAGGCUGCAGCCGAGUCGGAGAAGCAAGCGGUCUACCGAAUGUACCGACGCCGGCUCGAAAUCUACGGCAAUGCUGAUCUCAACGCCACCGCUCCCUCGCGCCAUCCCGCUAGAGACUACCGUAUCUGCAGCAGCGUCGAGGGCGAGCAUCGUGGCGGCGUUGCUGCGCCGACUUGCCAUGACUCGGAGGGCUCUGCGGCUGCGACAACCACUGCGCUUAUCCGCACCCCUGAGAACAAGCUUGUUCAGGCACUGGUGCUCGCCAGCAGGCGUCCCACGAUGUCCACCGCAAGCCACGCGACGGCCGAAUUGGCGAACUGUUUGCUGAACCGUCGCGUUGUUGUGGCGGGGCGGGGAAUGGUAGUGGACGUUGGGUCUGCUAGAGCUCCUCACCACCACACUAGUGGCGGGGGUACGGGGUUGGUGUUUGGCCCGUGGCUUCACACGGGAACGGUCACGUGGUGA